AUGUCGCCCGAAGCAGCGCAGCUAGCGCAGGUCCUGGAGCAAACCAUUCUUAGCGCGGAUGCAUCCGUGCGGCUGCAGUGCGAAACGCAGCUGAAAAAACUCUCGAAUGAGAAUUUUUUGCAAUUUGCGGCGCUCAUCGCACAGGUGGCCGCAGACGAUUCCGCCCGUUUGGAAGCGCGUAUCCUCGCCGCACUUACCCUCAAGAACGAGCUCGUCAGCAAAGACCCGGUUAAAACCCAACAACUCGCGCAGCGAUGGCUCACGCAAGUCGACGACCAUUCUCGCCAGCAAAUCCGUCAAUUGGCGCUGUCGUCGCUUAUUGCGGCUGAGCCCCGUGUCGCAAACGCCGCUGCGCAGCUCAUCGCCGCUAUCGCGACGAUUGAGUUGCCUAGGGGCCACUGGCCCGAUCUCAUGAAGAUCAUGGUCGACAACACGGCCGCCACGCAGCCGGAAAACGUGAAACGUGCCUCGUUACUCGCAUUGGGUUACAUCUGUGAAGCAGCAGAUCCGGGCAACGAGAUGCUCAUGGCGCAGUCUAACAACAUUCUCAUUGCCAUCGUUCAGGGUGCCCAGGCCAGUGAACCUUCGCGGUUCGUACGUCUGACCGCGCUUAACGCGCUUGCUGAUUCGCUAGCGUUCAUCAAAAAUAACAUGGAACGCGAAGGUGAGCGCAAUUACCUGAUGCAAGUCGUCUGCGAGGCAACCCAAACCGAGGACUCUGACAUCCAGGCUGCUGCUUUUGGCUGUUUGUGCAAAAUCAUGUCUUUGUACUAUUUCCUCAUGAAACCUUACAUGGAACAGGCAUUGUACGCACUUACCGUGUCCACAAUGCAAUCGCCAGACGAAAAAGUGGCCUCCAUGGCUGUUGAGUUUUGGUCCACAAUUUGCGAAGAAGAGAUAGACAUCGCAUACGAACUGGCGCAAUUUCCACAGUCACCUCUGCAAAGUUUCAAUUUCGCGCUUACGUCGAUCCAGGAAGUCGUUCCCAACCUUUUGAAUCUCCUAACGAGACAAAACGAAGAUCCGGAAGAUGACGACUGGAACGUGUCCAUGUCUGCAGGUGCCUGUUUGCAACUGUUUGCUCAAAAUUGUGGCAAUUAUGUGGUCGAACCUGUUCUGCGUUACGUCGAAAUGAAUAUUAGCAAUGAGAGCUGGCGGCACCGCGAAUCCGCCGUGAUGGCUUUCGGAUCCAUUCUGGAUGGUCCGGACAAGGUCCAGCUUACAAACCUGAUCCAUCAAGCAUUACCUCCAAUCUUGGCCCUGAUGGGAGACCCGGUUCUUCAAGUCAAGGAGACUGUCGCUUGGUGUAUCGGUCGGAUCGCGGAUCUCGUGAUAGGAGCCAUUGAUCCACAACAUCACCUAUCCGAUGUCGUUCACGCCUGUUUGCAAGGACUUGAAGAUCACCCCAAGGUCGCUACUAAUUGUGCCUGGACCAUUAUUAAUUUGGUCGAACAAAUGGCCGACACCCCCGCAUCUCCUAUUUACAACUACUACCCUAUUUUAGUGGACGCGCUUAUGAAGGCUGCCAACCGACCUGAAAACGAACACAGUGCUCGAGCCUCGGCCUUCUCUGCUUUGACUACGUUAGUGGAGUUUUCCACAGAUCAGGUUUCGGAAUCCGCAGCGUCUAUUUCAUCUUUCAUCUUGGAUAAAUUGGGUCAGACCAUGGCUAUCGACGACUCUCAACUGUCUACCGACGCAAAACAGAACUUGGAAGAACUUCAAUCAAAUAUACUAAGCGUUUUGUCCGCCAUCAUCAGGAAAAAUCCAGCCUCUGUUACAUCCGUGUCAGACAUGUUGAUGGACCUUUUCAUCAAAUUGUUAGACAAAAAGGAUGUGUCGUAUAUUGAGGAUGACGUGUUCUACGCGGUCUCUUCGCUGGCCUCUGCUCUAGGGAAAGGCUUUGAGAAAUAUUUGGAAACGUUCUCUCCCUAUUUGGUCAGCGCUUUGAACCAGGUGCAGUCGCAAGUUUCAAUUACCGCAGUUGGAUUAAUUGCAGAUAUUUCCAAUUGUUUGGAAGACGACUUCAAGCAAUUUGCGCCUGCAUUCAUGAAUGUGUUAGGACAAAUGAUUUCUGCCGACAAUGCCAAAAAGGAACUAAAACCCGCUGUGCUUUCUGUCUUUGGAGACAUUGCUUCUAAUAUUGGUUCCGAUUUCAUUCCGUAUCUAAACCAAGUCAUGGCGCUUUGUGUCGCUGCGCAAAACACCAGACCGGAAAAUGGGUCCCUGGAAGCAUUGGAAUACAACGUCAAAGUACAUGAGGCUGUUCUUGACGCUUACGUUGGUACUGUGGCAGGGCUGCAAUCGAAUGCAGACGCUUUGUUCCCUUACGUGGGAACGAUUUUUCAAUUUAUGAGUCACAUUGCCGAUAAUCCUACUCUCAAUAGCGAGGACGCCACCGCAAGAGCCGCAGUCGGUAUAAUUGGCGACGUCGCUGCUAUGUUUCCAGAUGGCAGAAUUAAACAAUUCUAUUCUCAAGAAUGGGUAACCGAAUUUAUCAAAAAAACCAGGAGCAACACCUCUUUCAGCCAAUCCACAAAGGAUACUGCCAGAUGGGCAAGAGAACAACAGAAAUUCCAAAUGGGGCUUUAA